UUUUCCCUCCGCCUCAUUAUUAUGCACCAUGAUUUAAAAACUGUUGAUUCUCCGUCUCGCUGCCUAAUAAACGUCGCUGCUCCCUCUUCUCUUCUCUGUCCUGCAGGACCAAUUGCUGGCCAACUGGCAGCUGAAGAGACAUGCACACUGCUUGACACGCCGAUCGCCUACAAGUUUCCCAGCAAGUUCACUCUGAAGGCCAGAUCCAACGUGACUGUCUGGGCUGCGUCCGGAGGAGGAACCCACAACCCUCCCACCGAUCUGGUCUGGAAGAGCCAGGCUUUCUGGGGCACCGGCGACCUCCUGCAGACCACCCUGAUCAGCGCCAGUGGAGAGGAAAUGGCCACGAGGAAAGUGACGCGCUCCCUGUCCCAGGAUGAAGAUGAUGAUGACAUGGGAGCUCACAGCACCAGCGGAGAGCACGAAUACAACCUGCGCAGCCGCACUGUGGUCUGGGACUCGUGUGGACAGGCGGCGCCGACGGAGCGCUCCGGCGGAUUGGAAGGCCUUGGAGGACAUGCCUUCUUCAUGGGAACCAACGAGCCCAGACAGGUACUGGCCCGGUUCUACUGGUCCUUAUACAGCUCAACUGGUCCUCACUGAUGGGUUUUAUGAUGACGUAUUACAAACGAGGAGUUUAUUCCAGGUUAAAAUCAUAGGAAUGAAUCCAGUAAAAAAUUAGACAAAGUUGGUUAAAAUGUACUCAGUUUGGACUUGACUCCAAUGAACAGAUAAUUAAUGAUAAAAAAAUAAGAAAAAUUACAUUUUGUAAUGUUGUUACCUUGUUUUUGUGUAGAUCUAUAUUUAUUUAUAAAUUUUUUUUUAAUUUUUCCCCAGUGUCCUGU